GCAAUACCCUAAGUUUUUCUGUCGUUUUGUCUGCAUCAGUUAUGGAGUUUACCCGAGGAAUUCAGCGUGUUUGCGAAGGAAAUCGGAACUUGGGCGAUCACUUGGACAUGAUAUGCGAGUUUGAAAACCUGACCCACGCUUUGGGGCCAGCAUCCAUUCCCAGACGAUUUUGCAAGGACAGAGAAAACCCCCUGGAGUUUCUAAGACCUCACGAGUUCAAGAUCGAGUUCGGGAUGCCGAAGGAGGUAUUCAAAAUAUUUUUUCACAAGAUUGCACCUCUUUUAGAGAGAACAAGGCAAGGCGCAAACCCUCAAGUUCUCCCGCCGGUUCUUCGGUUUGUCGUGUUCCUGCAUUUCCUUCGAACAAACUCAUUUCAACGGGCUGUUGCUAGUCAGCACUUUGUUCGUGUGUCACAGCCUGCCGCUUGUCAGACAAUCAAUGAGGUCGCGGAAAUCAUUGCUAGUUUCGUCCCGGAGUACAUUCAGUUUCCGGGAAAGGAAGAGCAAGAUUUCAUUGCGGAAGCAUUUUACCAGGAGUCCGGAAUACCCGGAGUGGUCGGCAUUUUUGAUGGCACUCACAUCCGCAUCAGGAAACCCGAAUGUGCGAAUCCCAUUCCAGAGCGAUUUUUCAAUCGCAAGCACUACUACAGCCUCAAUUGCAUGAUGGUUUGUGAUCACCAAAAACGGAUUCGAUACUUUACGAAUAGUCAUGCUGGAUCUGCUCACAAUGCUCGGAUCUGGAAUGAAAGUCGUCUUCGAUGUCAACUUGAGGACAACUUCUCCGUUCAAAAACCAAGAUUCAUUCUUGGAGAUGAAGGUUAUGGAUGUUCCUAUAUCUUGUUGACCAUGGUUAGAAGCCAACAGCUUGCCUGAGCCACUGACGAUGACCUAAGGCAAAAGAUGGUGCUCUACAACCAGGCUUUAAAGACAAGCCGAAUCAAGAUAGAACAUUGCUUCGGGAUUCUUAAGAAGAGGUUUCCGACCCUCUUAUACAAGUCCCGUUGUCGAAAACUCCAGAACACCACUAACAUUAUUGCUAGCGCUGUUGUACUACACAACAUGCUCAUUUCUUAUAGACAACUGUACGA